UGUUAAGAGAUUUGUUAAUUUGUAAAUUUUUUCGUUAACAAAUUUAUUUUUAAUUUGAUUUUAUAUUAAAACUGCUCAAAGUUGGAGCUAUUUUUGGUAAUCGCGUUUCUGUCAAGAUAAUAAUAAUAAGAGAAACGUCUCUAAAAAGCGAUUGAUUUAAAAUCGUGUGUUUAACCUCGAAAUAAAUACCCGUAUUGAAUAGACGGUAAUUUAUCACGGGAUUUUUUUCGUGCAUAAACUCGGUUAAACUACAUAGGUACCAAUCAAUAAUGGAAAAAACAAAAAAACCACUUGUCCUGAUGGAAGAGCAUGCAAUGCCCAACUCUUUUGAAUUCUCUAACCUUUUGCAUUUACACGGAUACUGGACUUUUGAUAAGUUUAAAGAGGACUUUAAAAUAAAUAUCAUUAACGAAAGCAAGGACAAGUAUGAAUUGGAAUUUGAUCUGAUUGGAUGUUCAGCUGCUCUAGCUAAUGCCUUUAGAAGAAUUUUAUUGAGCGAAGUGCCUUCAAUGGCCAUUGACAAAGUUUACAUGUACAAUAACACAAGUAUAAUUCAAGACGAAGUAUUUGCACACAGAUUAGGACUCGUACCCCUUAAGGCGGAUCCAAGAUUAUUUGAGUAUCCUUCAAGACCUGCCACUACCACCUCGACCACUGGUGAGUUGGACGAAGUCAGCGAUCAAGACACGUUGAGAUAUGAAUUAAAGGUAACGUGCAGAUGGAAUCAACUGGCACCGAAAGAUGCAAGAAGGCCAGACGAUAUUUACAUUGGAAAUAAUGUUUACAGUAAAGACAUCAAAUGGAUCGCUGUUGGUAAACAGAGAGAUCUUUAUCCCAAGGGAGAUAAACUGUUUGGUGUGAUUGAGGAUAAUAUUUUAUUAUGUAAAAUGAGACCAUAUCAAGAGAUACAUGCAGUUAUGGAUGCGGUCAAGGGGAUUGGCAAAGACCACGCAAAAUUUUCCCCUGUAGCCACUGCAUCAUACAGAUUGUUACCACACAUAAAAAUUGUGAGACCAGUCAGGGGAGAAGGCGCAGAAAGGCUUAAAAGUUGCUUCAGCCCAGGUGUUGUAGAAGUAGUGGAAACUUUAAAAGGCCCAGAGGCAAGAAUAAAAAAUGUAAGAUACGAUAGCUGCUCUAGAAAUGUGUUUCGUCACCACGACUUGAAAGAUUGCGUCGAGUUGGGAAGAGUACCAGACCACUACAUUUUCACUAUCGAAUCCAUUGGAGCUCUAUCUAGUGCAACUUUAUUCAUAGAAGCUGUCAAGGUUCUAAAAGAAAAAUGUAAAAUGUUUAUAGAAGAGCUCGAUAGUAUCGAUUAAAGAAAAAGUUUGGA